AGUGAGAUAAUCGAAUAACGUAGGCUAUGCAAUGUUAAUAGGUCCAAACAUACUUUGCAACACAGGUUGUUAAAUGGAAUAGUUCCACUAACCCGCGGUAUGGUGUAAUGGGACAGGGCCUAUAUGUACGGAUCACUGUGUAUCAUGUUUUGUCUCAAGCUGCCCAGGCAUCGUAUCAUGGACGGUGCAUAUUCCUCCGGGCACAUUGCAUCGUCGAUCCACUGGUUGUGUUGUGACAGGAUAAAAUUGAAUAGACAAUAGGACCGAUGUCAACAAGCACAUCUGUAUGAUUCCACACGGGGGUUAGAUGUUCGAUUAAUCAAAUAAUACGCCGACAACAGCGGUUUACUUUUUUCUGAUAGUCGGUUUCACUCCCCUCCAUGGAUGGUACGGUCUGUGUUCAUUCAUAAAAUUCUAGCAGAGUAUAAAAGGAGGGGCUUGCGUUUCAGUCAUCUAUGUGCCAGGUAUAUACCUGGAGGGGCAGUUUUCUGUAUUGAACAAAGGGUGACAUAUAAUAUCAAGACAUUGUAGUCAUCAUGUAUGUCAACAGCUUGCCGCCUGACAUGGACACAGCAUCCGCCUGCAGUACAGAAUCCAGUGACGGGAUUAACACGUUCAAGAAAUGCGAGGAGACCCGUGAAGACGCGGGGUCGACAGCGUCCUCUCCGGAGGACAACGUGAAGGAACUCAGCCAGGAUAUGGACACGCAGGUCGACUCCUUUAUUCCAACAGUCACCGCAAUCGCUACUACCCCAGAUUUCCAGUGGAUGGUCCAGCCGACCAUCAUUACAUCCGUCAGCCAGACUCUCGGCAGCAAGCCGGCCAAUAGCGUGCAGAGCUCUCCCCGAGCAGCAUCCAAAGUAGGCGGGACAAAGGGGAAAAAUUCUGCAAGGAAGGGGAAAGCAGAACAGCUCUCUCCAGCGGAUGAGGAGAAGAAGAAGGUGCGAAGGGAGCGCAAUAAAAUGGCUGCAGCCAAGUGUCGCAACAGGCGACGGGAACUCACAGACACCCUGCAAGCUGAGACGGACAUACUGGAGGAGGAGGGAGCCGCUCUGGAGCUGGAGAUCGCCAGCCUGCUGAAGGAGAAGGAGAGACUGGAGGACGCCCUCUCCACGCACAAACCCAUGUGUCAGCUGCCCGAGGAGCUGGGCGUCAUGUUCCGGGACGCCGCCCCUGCUGCCGCCGCCGCCGCCGCCGCCCCCGCUGCCGCCGCCGCCGGGCCCCCCGACUUCCCCCCCGGCAGCCCGAGCGGUGAGGACAGGCUCCAGGAGGACGGGGGCAGCCAGGACGGCGUCCUCCUGCAGGACGGCAUGGACGCCCAGCCCAGCGACCCGUCCGCCGCCAUCUCCGGCGACUCCGACAUCCUGCUGUGCGCCAGCGCGGAGAUCAGCGGCUGUGACCUGGAGCCGUCCCUGGAGGUGAAGGAGGGGGCGCUGCUGGACGAGCUGGUGUCGGGCCUGGAGGACGACGACGGGGCCCCCAUGGAGACGGGCCGCUCGGUGCCCGACAUCGACCUGAGCAGCUCGCUGGGGGUGUCCGACUGGGAGACGCUGUACAAGUCGGUGUCCGGGGACCUGGAGCCGCUGAGCACGCCGGUGGUGACCUCCACACCCACCUGUAACAGUUACCUGUCCGUCUUCACGUUCGCCUGUCCCGAGCUGGAUGCCCUCCCGGAGGGGAUGGAUGGCGUUAAGGGCGGAGCGGGAAAGACUGAAUCAGGGGACCUGCUCAACUCGCCCACUCUCCUCGCUUUGUAAGGUCUAAAGAGGGAGAGAUGUUCUGAGCUUGGAUCGCUUUUUACCACAUGGUUUUGAAAUUGUUCCACCGAUGUAUGCCCACGGUAUUCUAUGACACUUUAACGAGAAACUGCAUUCAUGACAUGUAUUGUAUGCGUGUGUGCCCAAUCAGAAAUAUAAACUUUACUACAUGGUAAUGGAGCUGAAAGCAUGCCUUUUUAAGUUUCAUAAAAGGGAGAUGAGUUCUGGCGUUAUAGCGCAUGCUGAGGAUUGUCAGAGCUCAUGUUUGAUCUGUUACUAGAUCUAAGAUGUAUUGUUGAAUUAAUGUUACAGUUUGGUUUCGUGUCAGUGAUGUGAUGACUGCUGUGACCGUUUUAACCAUCCGUGCUCCGCCUGACAUACCUCACACCACCGACUCGUCAAAACCAUCGUUACACUGUUUAUGGUUUUCCAUGAAAACAUCCAUAUAUCUAUCAAGAUGUAAUUUAUGAUAAUUUAUUUUUUUACUUCUGAGAAUUUGACUUAUUCGUCAAAUAAUUCAAACAAAAGAGCAUUGAUUGCUUAUUUAUUCUGGAUAAUCAUAAUAAAUGUUCACUCAGUGAUGUCUGGAUAACCUU